GAAGGAAAGGGAUAUCCGAAGAUCCUAGCUAGUCAUGGCUUCAUAUUAUGCAAUAGCUUUGCUUUCCAUGCUAGCCUUUUCCAUCUGUGCCGGACAUGCACUCGAUUGCGAAAAGUUGCAAACCACCUUAUACAUACAACAAAGAUAUUCCCAAGACCAAAGAGCUGUAGGAACUGAUACCGUGGCCAUUAAUUGGCUUGUAAAGGAUGGACCAGAUGCUGCCGCGAAUACCACCGGACAUGCGGAGGGCUUGACGAUCCACGCAAAUCUAGCCAAGAAUACCUGGGUAACCAUAAUGGAUAUGGUGUUCGAGAGUGGAAGCCUCAAUGGAUCAACACUUCAAGUCAUGGGGCUUCAUGGGGCGAUGAAUGGCGGACCAGGACAGUGGAGUGUUAUGGGGGGCACAGGAGAACUUACAAUGGCACGAGGUAUUAUAAAUUACAGAAUAAUCCAAGAAGACAGUGCCAGCAGGAUCUUUGAAACAAACAUGUAUGUGUUCUAUACUCGAAAGGAAACUAUCGUGGGUUCGGGUGCCACUGAGAAUGGCCUUAAGCCUUGAUAACAAUGAGCUUCGGACAAACAUUUAGACCAUUCUUUGUGUCUGUUGGGGUGUGUGUGUGUGUGUGUCGAGGCAAAACGAUGACUGGAUUUACCACCUAUUAUUCUUGUUCCCAAAUAAAUGAUUACUGCCCUAUGUUAAGGAUUACAAACCACACAUUUGUAUUCCAGAGAACGUUCCUUGCAAUUUGUUCUAUCAUUUUGUCUCGUGUUCUUCUUGUCUCUACAGAUCUUAUCAUCAUCAAUG